AUGGAUUUCGUCCGAAGACCCGAGGACUUCGAUGUUGUCGUCGCUAGCAACCUGUUUGGGGAUAUCCUCACGGACAUCGGCGCGAUUAUCACGGGGAGCAUGGGACUGGCUCCGAGCGGCAAUCUCGAUCCACAACGCCGAUUCCCGUCGAUGUUCGAGCCGGUUCACGGCAGUGCACCGGACAUUAUGGGGCAAGGCAUCGCCAAUCCGCUGGCGGCGAUCACCUCCGGUUCGAUGAUGCUGCGCUUCGUCGGUGAAACGGAAGCAGCAGACACGAUAGACGCAGCCGUACUGAAGGUGGUUGAGAAGGGCGAGACCCUGCCGCCGGACCUCGACGGUCAAGCCACAACCUCACAGGUCGGCAACGCUGUGGUGAAUGCGCUCGGCUAA